AUGGCCGAAUCGAAACCUGUUGUUUCCAAGGUGGAGAUGCCUUCGAAGGUGGUCAGAAUAGAAGAUGGUGAAACAAGCUGCCAAGGUCGCGACCAACUUGUCAUUUCGUUUGAGGGAGGCACAGACGCAGAGCGGUUUAAGCAGAGAGCAAAGGUACAGAAGGUUAUAUUCUUGCUCCGAGAUGACAAACGUUUCGUCAAGUACUAUGAGCCAAGAGUGGUAUCAUUGGGUCCUAUCCAUCAUGGAAAGGAAAAGUACCGGCUUGCAGAAACGUUCAAGCAUAAACUAGCAAAAGUAUUUGUCGAAAGAAGCCAGAAGACUAUUAAAGAAAUAUGCGAAGUUAUUGAUGGGAAAAUUAAGGAACUCAGGGAGUGCUUCGAGGAGGAGGUGACGAAGAAGUAUAACGAUAUUGACCUCACCUGGAUAUUGGUCGUCGACGGUUGCGCAAUCCUUCAAUACAUUGACCUGGCUAUUAAUGGCACAUUCAAAGACCAUGGUAUAAAAAACGACAGUGUAGCCUUUUGUCAACGGGAUUUGUUCUUGCUGGAGAACCAAGUUCCGUAUCUUCUCCUCAAGUUGUUGAUGAGCUUGAGCAAUGUGGAAGACGAAUUGAUGAAUUCGGUUAAAGAAUUCAUUAAAAUAAACCACCAAAUGGUACUAAGAGACGAAAGUUCGGAUCCGAAAUCUGGGAAGCAACCAGAAAACCCGACCCAUCUUCUCGACCUUCCGAGGUCAAGUCUCUUGGGCCCAGAAAACAAAAGCCAUGAGGCUGUAGCAUCAAAUGGUGGAAAAAAGUACCGAAAUAAGAGCUCCGAUUGGCAAUCGAAUGGGAACGUGCCGGAGCUUAAAGCAGCUGGAAUCCAUGUGAAGCCAAGUAGAGAUAAUUCCUUGAGAGGCAUAUAUUUUGAUAUAUGUCUCCACUUGUUCCCGGGACGCCUCUGGCUUCCUCCACUAAUAGUGGAUGACUCAACGGGGCCGAAGUUGUUGAACUUAAUAGCCUACGACAUGUGUCUGGACUUCGAUAAUGACUUCGGCAUCACCUACGACAUACGUAUCUUUCCUCGAUUCAAUCAUCGAUGA